AUGAAGUCUCAGUAUACGCACAACGGGGAAAAAUGGAAAAUAAGCUAUUCAAAAAUAAGUAAACAGUUCAAUCGCAUAUUGCGGAGAGAUAAGAUAUACGAAGUAUGUAACACGUAUUUGGGAUUUAGUUCAUGGACAAAUGAAAUUGUGGAUGUGAAAUUAAUAGGAACAGAGACGUGUAAAAUCAACAGAGAAAUUAAGUACACAGUAACAUACGAAUCUCUUGUCUGUUAUACUUUUAUGGUGAUGAAUAAGGAUAUCCUCAUUUCAUUUAAAUCUAUAGGAACUGCGCAAUACACUGCAGAUGAUGAAACACAUGCAAAACAUAUUGCUGCAAAGAUGUCUGUUUUGGAAGCAACUAAAUUAGUCUUCAGUAGGAUUGCCUUUAAAAUAAAAGAUGGGCUUGUCAUCAAUAUAGUAAAAGUUGAAUCUGAUAUCGACACGUCAAAUGUAAUACUUGAAAUGGGUGAAAUGGAAGAAGACCAAAAAAUUGAUGACGGUGAAAUAAAUGAUAUUAUUGCAAAGUUAGAUGAUUGA